AUGGGCAGAGGACCGAAGAAGCACCAGAAGCGCCUUAGCGCCCCCUCGCACUGGCUUCUCGACAAGCUGUCGGGUGUCUAUGCUCCCCGCCCUUCCGCUGGUCCUCACAAGCUCCGCGAGUGCAUGCCCCUCAUCGUCUUCGUCCGCAACAGACUGAAGUAUGCUCUCAACUACCGCGAGACCAAGGCCAUCAUGAUGCAGCGCCUCAUCAAGGUCGACGGCAAGGUCCGCACCGACAUCACCUACCCCGCCGGCUUCAUGGACGUCAUCACCAUCGAGAAGACUGGCGAGCACUUCCGUCUCAUCUACGACACCAAGGGCCGUUUCACCGUCCACCGCAUCCAGGAUGAGGAGGCCAAGUACAAGCUCGGCAAGGUCAAGCGCGUCCAGCUCGGCAAGGGCGGUAUCCCAUUCUUGGUUACGCAUGAUGCCAGGACCAUCCGCUACCCCGACCCCUUGAUCAAGGUCAACGACACUGUCAAGAUCAACCUUGAGACUGGCAAGAUCGAGGACUUCGUCAAGUUCGACACUGGUUCCAUCGCCAUGGUUACUGGCGGUCGUAACAUGGGCCGUGUUGGUGUCAUCACCCACCGUGAGCGUCACGAUGGUGGUUUCAACAUCAUCCACGUCAAGGAUGCCCUUGACAACACCUUCGCUACCCGCGAGUCCAACGUUUUCGUUAUCGGCUCCGAGAAGCCCUGGAUCUCCCUCCCCAAGGGCAAGGGUGUCAAGCUCUCCAUCGCUGAGGAGCGUGACCGCCGCCGCGCCAACGCCAUUGCUCACUAA